CCUGUCAUGAGACAGUUUUUCUCGUUCUAAUUUCUAACUAAUUAGUCCCAUAGGAUUUUGGACAGAACAGUUUGCCACAAAUUGCAUUUUUUUGGGUGUUUAAGUUCCUUUAGAUAUUUUUCACCAUCAUCAUUUUCAAGAUAUCCAUUAAUCAACACUUAAUAUUGUGCACUUAAAAUGUAUACGCUGACAGAAAAUUAAAAUAAUCUUCUUUAUAAUCAAUGUCUUUAUGUGAUCAAACUAUUCAGGUUCAGCUUAUGUAUUAUGGUUUUGAAAUUUAUUUUGUUUAACGUCAUUGAAAGCUCUUUACUUCUACCUUUUUAAAUCAAGUCUUACCGAUAUGCCAUAUGAAUUUGAAGAAGUACUAGUAUUUACAUGGUAAUAAUUGACUUCAUAAUCGACAGUCAUUACUGUUAUGAUAUUGUUGGGUCACAUCCACCUUUUUUUUUUAUGAAUAUCCUUUUUCUUGCUCAUCCACGCCUCUUCUGUCAUGCCCAAGGAUAUGAACAUUGAUCCAAGAAGUGCAACCUCACAUUUUAUUAUCCAUUUGUACCUAUUAUUUUUGUAGAUCCAAUUACAUGUUCAAAUAAAGAACUGUGAGGCUCUAUCCUAUGGUAGAUAUAACAAUCAAUAACUGCCAAUAUUGUACUAGUGUUGACAAUUAGAGCUUCAUGCUUUAAAAUUGGGGUCAGUUCCUGUUUCUUGGAUCAAUAAAGGGAGCGAGUCCAUCCUUUUUGGGUGGUACACUGUACCCAAGCUUGACGAUGAUGUUCAUACUUGCCUGGAGUGACAGGACAGCUGAGUUUAAAUUUUAGUUGCUGAUGGUGGUAGCCAACAAAUCAUUGGAAACUUGAGGUGGGAUGCUGAAACAUUCAACGGUUAACAUGCCAUUUAUAUAUGGAGAGACUGGCCAAUUCAAACCCUUGACUUGUUGGAGGGGUGUCAUGAGAUGAUAUGAUAUCCAAAACCUAUAAAAAAGAGAAAAUUGGAAAGAACAUUUCUUCUCAUCUCAAUUGUAUUUAAAUACAAACUGAAAUAUGGGAAAUUUCAGAGUUUUUGCAAAAUUCAACUAUAAGAGGUCCUACCUAAACCAGGGAGAAUUUUGGGGUUCUAUCGUUUUGCAUAGGAGCAAUUUGACCUUAAAAAAUUGAUAGAUCAAUGAAGUAGGUCUAUGAUUGAAUUGGCUUUCCAGAUGUAUAAUAGGAAUCUCUACAUAUACUUCUGUUGACAUAUGGUUCGGUAUCUUAAAGCUUAACAAACAAAAUGGCAAGGCUGAAGAAUUGCCAUGGAAGAACUGGUUUUUCAGAAAAGGUGAUGCCAUGACAGUUACUUUUGAAUCUUGUAAUCGCCACCUAACCAACUUGCUGUUAGCGUCAGAACUCAUAAGUCAACUAUAAUUUGAAUUGCACUUAGCUUAAUAGCUAGCAUUAUAAAAGUUCGCUAGAAUUCAGUUCCUUGGGCAUGAUACCAUGUAUCAAAUAUGAUAAAUAUGUACACUUUGGGCCUCUUAGAUUCUGGUUGAUCCAAGGAGCGCAAUACCCAGUUUAUGGUUAUACUGCCAAUCAAACACCUUGAAGCUAUCUCUUUGGUUUCAAUGAAUCAUCAGAGAUUAAUCAGUCGAGGCUGUUGGGUGUGUUUGCUGACUCUAAUAUUUCUGACUUCAAUCAUCUCUGCAGAUACUCUUCCUGAAGAAGCUGCUGCUCUCCAUUCACUGGCCGAGAGUUGGGAAAAUCAACCUCAAAGCUGGGUCGGUUUGGAUCCUUGUGGAACUAAUUGGGUUGGAAUCAGUUGCUCCAAUUCUCACAUCAUUAUUAUAACAUUACCAGGAUUGGGGCUUGGUGGGACUCUUUCUGCGGAAAUUCAGAAUCUGCCUGAAUUGGUGGCUCUGGACCUGUCUUACAAUGAGGGUUUGAAUGGACCAAUUCCCCAAUCUAUUGGGAAUCUGGUGAAACUAAGAUACUUGGUCCUUGUUGGUUGCAGUUUUAGUGGUAAUAUCCCACCAGAAUUAGGCAACCUAGCACGGCUCUCCUUCUUGUAAGUGUCACAGCUGUGUAAACAUUUC